AAAAGGCAGGAAACGAGGAAAGCCUAGGUUGAUGCGAGAGCUAUGCAGAGGGGUAGCUUCGUGCCUAGGCAUAUAGGCUACGCACGGUCUUUCCAUCGCAUUUUUAACGGGAAUGCAUUGAUAUACCAAACCUGGGAGGAACAAAAAAGCAGUAACAGCGCUUCAGAGGGGAUAUAAUGUGGACGAAUUGACAUUGUUCAUAUCUACACUUUUUAGAAGACUAAAUAAUUUGCUUUUGAAAAUGGCCGUUCGCAGUAACUCCUUAAUGCCUUUCUCUAUCCAAGCCAUUUUGAACAAAAAAGAGGACAGUCGACACUUGCCAGAUUUGGACAUCUGCUUCUCGAAGACUGCUUGUUGGAAAAUAUUUGGGGAAAUGGAUACUGCUUCGGAGGACUUUCCCGCUGCGUGUAGAAGCGAUAAAUUGGCUUGUAUGGCCAGCGACCAGAAAAGUUACGACUCGGAUUCAGGUCUCAGUGAUGACAAUGACAGCAAGACGCUGGCGGUUUGUAAGUCAGAGAAAAACAGGGAUCCUACUUCAGACGUUUUGGAAGAAAGUUUGCAGGACGAAACAGACCAUGAAUCUACCGCUGUCGACAACACAAAAGGUCUUAGUGACUGUGAACCUAAUGUUUCUGAUUCCAACAACGUAGACGAGGUCAGUUGUGAUACAAGUUCGGAUCAGCCCAAACAGAGGAAAAAACGCUCGCGAGCUGCGUUCUCCCACGCGCAAGUGUUCGAGCUCGAGCGGAGGUUUAACCACCAGAGAUACCUCUCCGGACCGGAGAGAGCAGACCUCGCUGCCUCAUUGAAGCUGACAGAGACGCAGGUCAAAAUAUGGUUCCAGAAUCGCAGAUAUAAAACAAAACGUCGUCAAAUGGCUGCCGAUUUGUUGGCCUCGGCCCCGGCGGCUAAGAAAGUGGCUGUGAAAGUGUUAGUUCGAGACGACCAGAGACAAUACAACCCUGGUGAACUACUGCGGCCUCCGCUUCUCUCUCUGCAGCCGUCGUAUUACUAUCCAUACGCCUAUUGCCUCCCAGCAUGGACACUCUCUACUUGUGCUGGGAAUCAAUGAAAACUGAACAGCCUAUGUUGUAUUUAUUUUCCCCAAGGAAAUCGAGGCAUUGGCUUUAUCGACUUUUUGAAAGGAAACCAGAAGAGAUUACAUGAACUCAAAACUGAUUCUAAAUGUUUCACAUUUAAAAUGCCUCAUGGUGUCUAGACUGAACAUGUCAGUUAUCCUGGUAGGCUAUGGUGAUGACACUAGGCCAUUUCAGAAUGUAUGGAGGAGUGUAAUCCUUUCAGGUGGGGCCUACAACACUGGCCUAUGUGUUCCUAUGAUGCUUUCACGCGUUGGAGAUAGCAGAGCCCCCCCCCCCUCCCCGCGUGACUUUUCGAAUAACUUACUGCUUUUCUUUUCUUGCUGCGGUUGUAGGGUAGACCUAACGGUAAGACUUUCAGCACUUUUCGAAACAUAGAGAUAGUGUGGACAUAUAUAUCCGACUGAAAUAUCGAUUUGAGGAUUUGUUUUACAUAUGACCUUAACUUGAACCUUGGAGAGACAGUAAUAAUUGAACUCUUGUUAAAAAUGUAUUUUCUAUUUUUCCCAAAAAUGAUUGUUUAUACAUAGGGAAAUCAAACAUUAAAAUCAUAUCAGACAUAUUAUCUUUUAAAGCUAGUCGUGUUUGAUUCGAACCUUAAUAAUCUUUAUGCGAAUGUCAAUAUUUUCUUUUUAGACAUUUAAUUUAUGUUAAUAUUAAAGGGGUUUUGUUUACCAUGACCAGUGACCCUAAAUGAAUGAUUCAUUGUGUGAUAAUCAUUAUUGUUGCAAUAAUGAUAACAUAUGGUUGAUAGUAAUAAUGUAAAUAGUCAUCAAUUAUGCAUGUAAAUCAUAAUAGCAAAGCCUAUAAUUUUCUUGACCUACAUUACAAAGUUGGUGGUCUUUCUGUGUAUUACAUCACAUAGGCCUACGUUUAAAUGCACAAAUGCCUAUAGUAUAAGCUUAACUAUAUCCUGCGUUAUCUUUGUGUGUAUAUAACUAAACUAGUAAUUCGCUACAAUAACAUAAUAUGAUCAGUUUACUUUCAUCCUUCUCACAGGUCAACCGUAUCCAGCAGCUAUGUAGGUUUAUAAAAUAUAUUUCUAUUCCAUUCAGGUCCAAAGACCCACAGCCUAUUAAUUACCCACAAACCUGUUUAAUAUUUAUGUCCCACAGUAUUUAAAUAAUUUAAGUGUUUAGCAAAUAUUUAUUAUUUUAAUUAAGCCACCAUUUCCAUUAUAUUGCGUCCGAUUGAACCCAUCAACAAUAACACCAGAAAAUUGAACAUGAAGGCCCUGUAAGGAAAACUAAAUCGUCUCACAAUGGUCUCAUUACAUUAGAAGAGAAAGAUUCUGUUGGGUUCAGGAGCACCUGCUCGAAAUGUGACGGUUUUAAUCCCACAUUAUUUGCGGUACCAUUUGAUCUUCCUCUUAUGAAACGUACAUGUAAUGAUUGAAUGAACUUUAUUAACUCAGUGACAGAAAAUAUAACUAU